AUGGACAGUGUGCUGGACCCUUUCUCUGGACUCGACUCUUUCUCCUCCCCUCCUUACUUCGACGAUGACGAGUUUUUCACUGACCAGUCUUCUAGAGACGGACACUUGGACACGGAUGACUUUUUGGAUGAUGAUGUCGAUUUCCUCACCAGUCAUUUCCAAGACUAUUACAGCAAAGACGGCAGCAGCAGAGCUGUGCCUCACGAUGGUGACUACGACAUCGGCAACCUGUCCUUCUCCUCCUCUUCCUCCACUUUCUCAUACAGCUGCGCAGACAGCACCCCGGACCUUUCCCCUCAGAUGGGCAGCCUUCACGGCGGGCCGUUGCUGAAGCGGAGGAGGAGGAUGAGAUCUGAGAUGGAGAUGCAGCAGCUGAGGCAGGCGGCCAACGUCAGGGAGAGGAGAAGGAUGCAGUCCAUCAAUGAUGCAUUCGAGGGUCUGCGCUCCCACAUCCCCACUCUGCCCUACGAGAAGAGACUGUCUAAGGUGGACACUCUGCGGCUGGCCAUCGGCUACAUUAACUUCCUCGCCGAGCUCGUGCAGUCGGACCUGCCUAUCAGGAACUCCAGUAACGAGACGCACGCGCAGCCCAAGAAAGUCAUUAUCUGCCACAGAGGAACAAGGUCUCCUUCUCCCAGCGACCCAGACUACGGCCUGCCUCCUCUGGCCGGUCACUCUUUGUCCUGGUCGGAUGAAAAGCAGCUCCGGGAGCAGAACAUCAUCCGCACGGCCAAGGUGUGGACCCCGGAGGACCCCCGUAAACUGCACAACAAAGCGGGCCUCACAGACAUAGAGAACGAGCUUCCGUACGGCCUGGUGGCCUAA